ACGUCAUUUCUUCCUUCUUUCCUUCCUGUCGGGGCUCACCUCGAACAGAAACAGACUAGCUCAGAUCUUGGUUCCGCUGGAGAAAUGGCCUCGUCUUCUCGCCCUGCCAGGAAUCCCAAAUGAGAUCCAACAUUUUCGGAAUCGGCCGAGGGAAUAUUUAGCUUUUUCCGAGCCACGCCCAGGACUACCGGGGAGUUUGUUUCGUGACUUUGGAGUUGUGACGAGGUUGGGGGGUAAAUAAUGCCACACUCCUUGUGGCUCGAUCCGCUGUCACCCGCACAACUCAAGCGCCUGGAGGAGCAUAAAUACAGCGCCUCCGGUCGCUCGCUGUUCGAGCCGCCGUGCCAGAUUUUCUGGAACUGGCUCGUCCAACAAAUCCCGACAUGGAUCGCCCCGAACACACUGACGAUUGUCGGGCUGUUGGUCAAUGUAGUUUCAACAGUCAUACUAGUAUGCUAUUGUCCCACGGCGACAGAAGAGGCUCCAGCAUGGGCCUUCAUCCUGUCUGCUCUGGGUCUCUUCAUCUACCAAUCUCUGGAUGCUAUUGAUGGGAAGCAGGCCAGGAGAACAAACAGCAGCUCUGCUCUCGGCGAGCUCUUUGACCACGGCUGUGAUGCCGUCUCCACAGUGUUCGUUGCCGUGGGAACGUGUAUUUCCUGUGGAAUCGGAAACCUCCCGAACUGGAUGUUCUUCUGCGGUUUCAUCGGGAUGUUUAUGUUCUUCUGUGCCCACUGGCAAACCUACGUCUCUGGAACCCUUCGAUUCGGGCUGGUCGACGUCACUGAGGUGCAGUUUGCCAUCAUGAUCAUGUACCUAAUGUCGGCCUUUGGAGGCGUGAGCCUUUGGGACACCACGCUGCCUGUUUUAGGACUGAAGCUAUACGUCUUCCCCAUCAUGGGAAUCACCGGCGGUGCCCUGUACUCCUGCUACAACUAUUUCUACGUCAUUUUGAAUGGAGGUGUUGGGAAGAACGGCUCCACCGUUGCUGACACCAGCGUGCUGACGCCAGGUCUGCACAUCGGCCUCAUCCUCACGCUGGCCUUCAUCAUUUUCAAGAAGUCCUCCAGUCAUCUGUUUGAACACCACCCCUGUCUGUACCUGCUGGCUUUCGGCAUGGUCAUCUCCAAGAUCUCCAACAAGCUUGUGAUAGCCCACAUGACCAAGAGCGAGCUGCACCUCCCAGAUACGGCCUUCAUCGGGCCCGGCCUCCUCUUCCUCAACCAGUACUUCAACAGCUUCAUCGAUGAAUACAUAGUGCUCUGGAUCGCCAUGGUGCUCUCUCUCGUGGAUCUGACUCGCUACUGCACAGGUCUGUGCCUCCAGAUUGCCGCCCACCUGCGCAUCCGAGUCUUCAGCAUCACGCCGCCGAGCAGCGCGCACCGAGACUGACGCUUUGCCCGGCGGGAGGAGGCGGGAGGAGACGCGGAUCUCUCCCCGCUCCUAAAAGCAGACGAUGCAGAGAAACCCUCGACCCCGAGCCUCGACGACGUCACCACUUUAAACUAAAACAGCAAAGAAAUCGACUAAACCAAAAAAAAAAAAUUACAACCAAAGUUGUUUCACAAAUCUAAUUUAAAGAAAUUUUUACUUUUAAAUUUGUGUUUUGGUCACUCCCUGCUUUUAACUUCAAAGCCAAAAUGUUUUUCUUAAAUAUGAUUUUCAUUGUUCCUUUUAAUGCAAUCUGACGAUAAUCAGGGAUUUAAAAAUCAGUUUAAUUCAAAUAACUACCAAUGAAGUGUGUGGUGUGAAACGGCUCCUCCAGGGGUCAGGGGUCACGUGUUCAUGCUGAAGAUGACGACAGGUCCUCUCUUAAGGCCACUCCCACUAACACCACUCCAGUUGUCAAAGUUGAUCUCUUCAUUCCUCCCAUUUGACCACCCUGUAAACGUAGAACUCUCACCUCAGCGUGGCCUUUGGAGCGCCGUCGGCUGAUGAAGCAUCGACACCGCCUCGUUCUGCUUCCUCUCUUCUUCUCCCUAAAGGGCUAAUUGAGCGUGAUUGUACAUAAACGAACUAAAGACGCCUUAAAUAUUUUUGUUGUAAUUACUGUUGAACUUGUGAAUAUUUAAAGCAGGACUGUGUGUGUUUUUGUAUGUUUGUUAUACCAGAUACAGCAAUAGUUAAAACUACUUUCUUUCUUUCUUUCUUGCCUGCCUUUCAUCUUUUUCGUUUUUUGGGUUAUUGAUUUUUAAAGUCAAUAAUUAUUUAAUAGAAUUCUUUGGGAGCUAAAGGGACUUUUCUGUAGGGUUAGCGAACGUUCUUCCUUUUAAAAUCUUGCAAUCUUUCAGCUUUUUACACACUACUGAGGUGCUCGUCCUCUACUGUUCGUUUUGCAUCAUUUCUGGAUUGACGGUGGAACUAUGCAUCAGAAUGUACAAAAAGGAAACUUCAAACUUCUUCAUCUGGUUGGUAAAAAACCUGCAAACAUAUUUCCAUUAAUGGAUGUGAGUAAAAAAGAUUGUAAUAAAGACUAUUUUUCAUCCA